CGCGUUUAGGGUGGGGAAUCGGCACGCCCCUCCCUCGGAAGCUCUCGUGACGCCGCAGACGGCCCUCGACAUGCAGACGCACCGGGCCCGGGCCACAGGGGCUCUGGCGGCGCUCCUUGCGGCGGCGGUCGUCGGCGUCCUGGCUGACGAGAACGCGACAGCGAGCGUCUCGAAGGCCCAUCUCAAAGCCUUUCUGCGGGAGGCCCACAUCACCAGGGUCCCCGGGCCGGCGCUGCUGCUGCUUUGUGGCGAAGGUGACCCCCGGGCGAUGGCGCGCGAGCUGGGGGAGGCCGCGUUGCCCGCGCAGGUUGUGACCGCGCCCGACCAGUGGCUGCUGGCGGUCCGGCACCUGGACCACAUCGCGCACAGCGUCGUCCUGGACGCGGCGUGUCCGGAGGCGCGCACCCUCCUUGCUACCGCGGAGGCGCUGGACAUGUUUAGGGACCCCAGGCGCUGGGUGCUUCUGUUCUCUGACGGCCGCCCUCCAAGUGCGACGUGCAGCUACAUACUGGAGCAGGGCGACGACGAGGGGCUGCGGCGCUGCGCCUGCCGCACGGCCGCGCUCCUGGACGGCCUCGGGGUGCUCUUCGACAGCGACGUCAGCGCCCUCUGCGAUCACAAAACAACGGGGACGGCGCUGGCGGUGUCAGCGUACCGCGAGAGGAAGGGGGCCGUGCUGCGGGUGCAGCGCGCAGCCGUGUGGCGCAGCGGCGUCCUGGAGCAAGCGCCGCCACCUGACCGCCGGCACCUCCCGGCGCGGAGGCUGGACUUCCACGAGGCGGUCACCGGCGUCGGCUUUGUGGUACUCGAGUGUGGUUGA